AUGUCCGUAUUAUUUCAAACUGUUAUAAAUACUGGAAAACUUUACUCACUCAAUAAAUCAUUACGUGCAUCACUUUCUAAAUGUAAAUGUUUGUCAGUGAGGAAAUAUUCAGAAAAUCCAAAAAAAUUCGCUUCUUUCGACGAUGUCGUUGCGCAGAGACGAGCGGAGUCAAAACGUAGUAUUGUAGUUCAAGUAAACUCAGAAUCUUCAUUCAACGAACUGUACUGUUACUGCUCAAAAUAUGCGGAGGUACACGGUGUACAUCAUUAUAGAAAUACUGAAGGAGAGCAUUUCAUGCUAGUCGAAUUUAAAUCUGAAGAGUGCCUCAAAGAUGUUUUACAGACCUGCGGUUCUCACCAGAAAAAUGUGGACGUUAUGGCUUUACAUUCACCUUUUUUGUGGUUCAGAGCCGUCAGUGGCAAGAAAGAGAAACUCGUCGCUGCACAAACACAAUCUCUUGUAAUAAAAGACGGUAACGCCAUAGUCGACGAGGCAGUCCUGUACAAAGAGCUCGCGGAGUGCUCCUCCGUGUCUGAUCAAAUACAACUAUUGUACGAUAGAACUAAAUUGAAUGACUUGGGUGUGAGACUCCGGUAUAUGGUCGCUAGACACCUAGAAGUAAUAUUCGAUAGCCUGUACGCAAACGUCCAAGUGCAGCCGUUCGGUUCAUCUGUGAACGGUUUCGGCAAGAUGGGCUGCGAUCUGGAUUUAGUAUUGACUAACUCCGUCACCGAUGAAAUGGUGGACCCUCGCAAGCGACUCGUGUACCAGGAGAAGCGGUGCUCGGACGGGCGCGGCUCGUGGCGGCGGCAGCUGGAGCUGGCGGCGGAGGUGGUGGAGGCGCGCGCGGCCGGCGCGGCGCGGGUGCUGCGCGUGCUGCACGCGCGCGUGCCCAUCGUCAAGUUCACGCACGACUUCGCCGCCGUCGAGUGCGACCUCUGCAUCAAUAACACGUCGGGCGUGGACAUGUCGGCGGCGCUGCGCGCGCUGGGCGCGGGGCGGUUGCCGCCGCUGCCCCCGCUCGACCGCCUCCGGUACCCGUCCGAUAAGAAGAACAUUUCCGAAGAGAGCGUGGACAGCUCGGUGUUCCGGCGCACGCGCGAGCUGCCCGCGGAGUACUGCGGCCCGCCGUCUGCUGACCUGGAGACGCUGCUGUUGCAGUUCUUCGAAUUUUACGCCCAGUUCGACUUCCAGGAGAAAGCUAUCUCCGUCAACGAGGGCAUCGCGGUCAGGAAACCUAACUCGCAGCCUCUGUACAUAAUCAACCCUCUGGAUCCGACUAUGAAUGUGAGCAGAAACGUCAGCUACGAGGAAUGCCAAAGAUUGCAAGUCGAAAUAAGAAACGCCGCGUGGCAGCUGGAAGCGGAGUUGGAGGGAUCGAAGUCAGACGAUUGGGGUCUCCUCGGGAUCAUAGAGAAAAAAGCAGCGAGAAACUUGAAGAAGUUAGUGAGAAUGGGAAAUUCCCAUAGAUUAGUGUCUGUGAAAGAUCUCUUCCGAGAGCCCGACGAAACUAACUCUGAGAAUAGUAUAAAGAGAAAAUUACAAAGACUGACAGAGAAGAGUGAUCGAGAUGUAGAGAAUAGUGUCAGAGAAAUGAAAGCGCAGAUGCAGAGAGAGCCCGAAAAGACGAAAGAAACUAGUAGAUUUAAAAACAGACAGGUAGCCAGCGAGGUGUACAGAAUUCAGAGAAACAAAAUAUUAUAA